UCAUUAUAUUUAACCUACCCUGUUAUUUUCUGAUGUGUGUAUUGUUAUAUGUAUUGGCUAUUUAUUGUUUUGUUUUUAUGAUUUAAAAUGCAUAUUUUAUUACCAUUAUGUCUGACCAUUAUGUUAAAAGUUAGUUUAAUCAGCUAAGGCCAUGUAUCUUUUUUGGAAUUUAAUGGUUUUAUUCCCCUACAUGAAUACCUCUGUGUUAUCUCUGUAAUUUUAACUUUCCCUGUGUUUUUGCUUUUAUGACCCUUAGCUCAAAUGUUCAUAGAUAUUCCCUCCCCAUUCCUCUAAAUGUUUGCAGCCCAAUCUGACGCUAAUUUAUCUCUCUCCUUUAGUCUGAUUUUUAAACAUAUCUACCCAAGCCUUGCAAGAAAAUACAGAACUUAUCUCAGCUGUGCCCCUGCUUUGCAAAAAGUCUGAUUUUUAAACAUAUCUACCCAAGCCUUGCAAGAAAAUACAGAACUUAUCUCAGCUGUGCCCCUGCUUUGCAAAAAGAUAUCCUUUAUUGAAGCAGCAACAAUGCACUACUGGGAGCUACCUGAGCACAUAAGACAAACACGUCAAUAGUUCAUAUCUAUCCUUUACUACAGGAUGCAUCAGAAUGAUACCGCAAACUCCAAAAGUCUUAGACACUAAUUACUAUUCACAAACAUUGGGGAUAUCACAAAAGAUAUUAAAAGAAGAUGGUGAAUUGGCAGGAACUGUGCAGCAAUCAUUAUGUACCGAGAGUAAUUUAGUUAUCAAACAAGAGGACAACAUUUAUGCCUUAUCUAGUGAAAUUAUUAUCCCUGAGGAUAAACCACACACAUUUACUGAGUUUUCAAAACAUUUUAAAGAAGGGAAAAGUCUACAGUCUAGCCAAAUGAUUCAUACAAAUAAGAAACUAUAACACCACAAAAUUCACACAGGUGAGAAACCACACACAUGUACUGAGUGUGGCAAAUGUUUUACACAAAUGAAUUAUCUGAAAACUCAUAAAAAGAUUCACACAGGAGAAAAGCCUUUCACAUGUACAGAGUGUGGAAAAAGUUUUAGACAAGAGUAAUCUGAAAACUCAUGAAAGAAAUCACACAGGGGAAAAGCUGUUCACAUGUACAGAGUGUGGAAAAAGUGUUACACAAAUGAAUCCUCUGAAAUAUCAUGAAAUGAGUAACACAGGAGAAAAGCCGUUCACAUGUACAGAGUGUGGAAAACGUUUUACACGAAUGGAUAAUCUGAAAACUCAUGAAAGAAGUCACACAGGAGAAAAUCUGUUCACAUGUACAGAGUGUGGAAAAAGUUUUACAGAAAAGAGUUAUCUGAAAAGUCAUGAAAGGAGUCACACAGGAGAAAAGCCGUUCACAUGUACAAAGUGUGGAAAACGUUUUCCAUUAUAAGAGUAGUCUGAAAGUCAUGAAAGGAUUCACACAGGAGAAAAGCCUUUCACAUGUACAGAGUGUGGAAAAAGUUUUACACAAGAGUCAUCUGAAAAGUCAUGAAAGGAAGCACACAGGGGAAAAGCUGUUCACAUGUACAGAGUGUGGAAAAAGUUUUACACAAAUGGUUCAUCUGAAAACUCAUGAAAUGAGUCACACAGGAGAAAAGCCUUUCACAUGUACAGAGUGUGGAAAAAGUUUUACACAAAUGGUUCAUCUGAAAACUCAUGAAAUGAGUCACACAGGAGAAAAGCCUUUCACAUGUACAGAGUGUGGAAAACGUUUUACACAAAUAUAUAAUCUGAAAACUCAUGAAAGAAUUCACACAGGAGAAAAGCUGUUCACAUGUACAGAGUGUGAAAAAAGUUUUACAGAAAAGAGUAGUCUAAAAAGGCAUGAAAGGAGUCACACAGGGGAAAAGCCUUUCCCAUGUACAGAGUGUGGAAAACGUUUUACACAAAUAGUUCAUCUGAAAACUCAUGAAAUGAGUCACACAGGAGAAAAGCCUUUCCCAUGUACAGAGUGUGGAAAAAGUUUACACAAGAGUGAUCUAAAAAAGCAUGAAAGGAUUCACACAGGAGAAAGCUGUUCACAUGUACAGAGUGUGGAAAAAGUUGUACACAAAAGAGUAAUCUGAAAAGUCAUGAAAGGAUUCACACAGGAGAAAAACCUUUUACAUGUACAGAGUGUGGAAAAUGUUUUACAGAAAAGAGUAAUCUGAAAACUCAUGAUAAGAUUCACAAGGGAAGAAACCUUUCACAUGUUUAGAAAGUGGAAAAAGGUUUUUAUUGAAAUCAGGUAUCACCAAACGCCAAAUAUUUACACACAAAUAAACGUUCUAUACACAGUGUACAAACCUUUUUACAAUUAUCAGAAAGAGGAGAAACUCUCUAAAUAAAAGCAUCAUAAAGGAUUAUAUUGUAAAUAAUACUUUCUGGAUCCCAGUCAUAAAAGCCCCAGAUUGUGGAAGUGCUCUCCUGCUGUCUUUUGUUCCUCUAUACAUGUACAUCUCAGUUUCUCUCAUAAUAAUGUGAAAUAAUCCAAACACGACACAGAAAUAAUACAAAUCUAUCCUCAUACUGACCAGUUUACACAACCAUUCAACACUGAAGCACCCCCAGUGUUGUUUAUUAAUAUGCCAGUGUUAGGAUUUGUACAUUUGAUUUACAUAGGGGAGAAAAUAAUUACAGAAUAAAUGAGUCUUUAUAUGAAAAGAGUGUUAGAAAAUUAUAUAAACAAGAACACCAGGGACUUCCGGUGGGCGGGCACAGAGUAUGGUGGUGUGAAGAAGAGCUCCUGAGAUCUUCACCAUGGCAAUCCGUCAUACCGGCCCUCUGAGUGACCUUGGCUAUCCCAACAUAGCCUAGACGUACUAUAGAGCUACAGUACUCUCCUCAGAGAGGUAAUCCAUCUAAUACCUCACCUUGGAAGCGCCAUUAGUCUCUGACAGGCACUGGCUACUCACUGCCAUAUGGGUAACAUCCAAGAUGGCUGGUCUGACUUCUACACAGUGCUUAACCGGAUAGCGAAUGAGUUGCUACUACAGAUAAUAAGCUGAACGCUAACAAGGGUGAGUGUUCGCAAACAAGUGACUUUGCAAGACAUAACUGAGGCCUAAUAGAAGUGCUGCAAAACAACCCGUUCUAUCAGACAUAAGAACCGGCUCAGCCUUAAUUUUACCAUCUGCUCCUCAAUAUCAUCACUACUUAUAUCCAACUGCAUAUACUAAAGGAUCUAUACAAUUGUGAUGCUGCAACAUUUCCAAAAAUGGUUGUAUACUGUUCAAUCAGUUAAGGUUGCAUUGUUCGUUAAGAUAUGGCCCUUUUGUGCGCUUUGGUACCCGGACAUUGACUUGUCUUUCUAGCCUGCAGAGAUCGACUAUUUUUACAGAAUGCCAGACAAUUCUUUCUUAUCUUUGCUCACUGUUAUUGCACUUUUAUUGAUCACACAAAUAUAUUGUGAAAACGUUAAACACCAAGCUAUUAUCUCUAAGUUACAUGGCACCUGUUAUUUUACACUAAUAUAUCUUUAUGCGCUUCCUGUUCGUGGACAGAUUCCUUGCAUCAAAGAAAAUAUCACAUAGGGCAAAAACCCAAGAAAGAAAGAAUAAAGGGGCCUCUGACCCUGCAACUACAUCGCCAUCAUCAGCAAUUACGGCUGCAUCUACGGAUGCUCCUGCACUUACUACUGAACAACAGCUGAAUUCUCUACUUCUUGCCAAACUUGAUAACUUGCAAAAAGGCAUGGAUACCCUCACAACAGAAGUGAAACAAUUUAACUCAAGACUAACCACAGCGGAACAACAUAUCUCAGACCUUAAAGAUGGUUAUAACACCUCUACCACACAAAUAAAGGAUAUAAAGCAGCAAAACAUCUCCCUUCAUCAAAAAGUUGAUGACUUGGAAAAUCGCUCCCGCAGGAAUAAUGUCAGACUUGUGGGUUUGCCUGAAUCUGUCCACCCGUCUGAACUACUAUAUUUUGCAGAACACUCUUUGCCGAAUCUACUUAAAGUUCCAGCUGAACACAUACCUAUGAAAGUGGAAAGAGCGCAUAGAGUUGGCAACAACAGAUCUUCUGCUUAUAAAAAUGCCCUUCCAAAGGGUGUGAUGAUCAAGUAUUUUAAUUUCCAAUCUAAAAUACAGCUCCUGAGAACUUAUAGCAAAUGCUCCUAUACAACGAUAAAAUACUUUAUCUGUUUCAAGAUUACUCCUCGGAUGUCAUGAAGCGUAGGAAAGAGUUUGCUCUCCUGUGAACACUCCUCCAUCAGGAAAACAGCCAAGCUACUCUGCUCUACCCAGCACGUCUACGCCUACACAACUUGAGAGGACCUAGAUUCUUUGACUUUCCUCAGGAUGCACAGGCCUUCUUAGAUUCUUCUCAACCACUGUUUUCCCCGCAGCAGGAUUCUACUAAAUGACUCUCAAUGCCUGCUCAAACCACCACAACACCCCCCCCCCCAUCGAGGGGGACCGGCCCAGGGACUUUACUCCUUUUGAGGAUCCAAUAUGGCUUAGUACCCAAUAAGGUUGAAUGUUAAAUUUUAUAUGUUAAGAUUUUUAGUUAGUUUACCAUUUAUUGUUAUAUUGUGUUGAAACUGUGAGACAUGCUGGGUUACUAUACACUGCUCCUAUGUUUGCUCACCUCUACUGGAGACUAACCUCAAUUUACUAUUUGACACUUCCAUAUUGGCCACCUCAUUGUUCAUCACCAAGACUCUUUAGAUGACAAUUAACAUUUUGUCCUGGAAUAUAGUAGGGAUUAACUCCCCUAUCAAAAGAAAAAUACUUUCUGACUUACCUUAAAAAAAACUAAUGCAGACAUUAUUUGCUUGCAAGAGACCCACCUUAAUGAUCUUGAACAUACCAAAUUUAAGACUAACUGGAUAGCAGAAGUGGUUAGAGUCUGGGUGAGUAGAGCGCUGGAAGUACAAGGAUUCCAAACACCUCACUAAGGGAAAAGAUCCUUCUAUCUUUUCAAAUGUUGUAAUUGGUUGUGUGUGGAGAGUGAGGGCACUAAAUGCAGCUAAAGGAAUCUAAACAAAAAUAAAAAGUGUAUUU